ACAAAUGGAAACAGAAAACUUGUAUUCUCUUAUUUUACGAACUACUUCAAGAGAACAUGACAUAUAAGACGUUCGUCAAAAAGAUCUUGUCUCAUUGUCUCCCCCAGAGAUCUCCGAGAAGUAAACUCCAACUAAAUUCCUUGCAACUUAAAAAAAAACAUUAAAGUAGUACGUAGUCUAAUGAAUGGAUUGUGAAAAGCGACAAGGAGCAAACACGGAUGUCAGGACACCAAAUGUUUUGUUCAUGUGUACUUUACUAUCUACUAGCAAAUUUCCAAUCGAAUACAUCAUGAGAAGCUAAUACAAUUAUAAUGGAUGAAAACACUGAAAAUCUUCCUGGCACACCUCCCGAAGUGGCAGAAGCAGCUGGUGCUGUUAACCUGUUACCAGAGGAAUCUCAAAAAUUGUAUAAAAUAGCGUACAAUCAAUUCAUGAAGUGGAAACAAGAAAAGAAGAUUACCUCAUUUUCCGAACGGGUGAUAUUAGCAUACUUUGCAGACUUAUCAAGUAAAUACAAAAUUUCUACGCUGUGGACUUAUUACUCCAUGCUACGAAGUACUCUCAACAUCAAUCAUAACAUUAAUAUAGAACAGUACCAUAAAUUAAGAGCAUUCUUAAAGCGUCAAGGAGAAAAUUACCAGCCAAAGAAAGCGAAAACGCUUAGUCCUCAACAAAUAACUAAAUUCAUCACUGAAGCCCCUGAUGUAAAAUAUCUAGCAACGAAGGUGGCUUUGAUAAUGGGCAUAAUGGGUGCAUGUAGGACUCAAGAACUGCAUUCAAUGCGAAUUCAAGACAUCAAAGAUUUGAAUUCAGCUUUUUUGGUAACACUGUCCAACACUAAAACAAAGAUUAGAAGAUCUUUCACAGUAACUGAAGAUUACUAUUUAAUAUGCAAAAAGUAUCUUGAUUUACGUCCAGCUGAAGUGCAAUCAGAUGUGUUUUUCCUUAAUUACCAGAAUGGUAAAUGUACUAUGCAGAGACUAGGUAUCAAUAAAUUUGGUGGUAUGCCGAAAGAAGUUGCAGCAUAUUUGGGGCUCCCAAAUCCAGAAUUAUUUACUGGACACUCUUUUCGUAGAUCCUCGGCUACUUUAUUGGUGGAUGGUGGAGGGGACAUAACCGAUUUAAAACGCCACGGAGGAUGGAAAAGCUCCUCCGUGGCAGAGGGCUACAUAGAUAACAGUGUGAGAUACAAACUAGAAACAUCAAAGAAAAUUUUUAAACAGGUGAAUCCCUCGUCAACACCAUGUACAUCAAUUCGAGCUCCUGUAAUGGCAGAAAACUGUGAAAACAUAGAGGAGUAUGCUGCUGUAAACUGCGAUAAUGUUGUGAUGAAUCCAUCUCCCCCAUGUACAUCAAGUGAAACUAAUUGUGGUUUAAGAGAAACUAGUAAUUUUGUUAAAAAUUCCCAUUCCCUCAGUAGUAAUGUCAGUGUUGACAUGAAAGGCAAGCCAAUACAGAUUUCAAACUGCAGUGGCCAUUUUACAUUUAAUUUUCUUGCUAAGACAAGUAAUAAUAAUAAUUAAUUAC